AGUUUCUUUCACCUUUCCGGGGUUUUCAUUUUCAUCAAUUCUCUUUUCCCUCCACACUCCCACUCUGCACUCCCACCCUCCGCCCCUCCAGCCUUCUUCUCUCAGACUCAAAUAACUAAAUCAAACCCAAAAUAAUUAAACCGGGUUUCCGUUACUGUUAAAAUACUUGUUCUAACUUUUCUGGUUUCAAAAAUCUUUUGGCGGCUUCCAAUCCAAUCUCUGCUCUCUUUUUCGGGAAGUUUCCGAUCAAUAUUGCACUUUUCUUUUAGGGAAUCAGUUGAACUAUGUGAAAGUUCUGUAAUGGAUUCCAGUACAAAUUCACAACGCAGGCCAUUCUUGAUUAAACUAUGGCCCCCUAGUGAAAGCACUCGGCAGGUACUCGUGCAACGCUUGACAAACAAUCUCACCUGUAAUUCUAUCUUUACCCAGAAGUAUGGGGCUCUUAACAAAGAAGAAGCUGAGGAGAAUGCUAAGAAAAUUGAGGACGUAGCUUUUAACAUAGCUAAUGAACAGUAUGAUCGGGAGCCUGAUGGUGAUGGUGGUGCUGCAGUGCAGCUUUAUGCCAAGGAAUGUAGUAAACUUUUGUUGGAAGUUCUUAAAAGAGGGCCUGCAGCAAAGGAGGAGAAGGAGUUGGCAUCUGAGAAAGAUGCUUCCUCUGAAACCUUCUUUGAUAUAUCUAAAGGCCAACGGGCUUUUAUUGAGGCAGAAGAGGCUGAGAGUCUUCUAAGGCCAUUAAAAGAACCAAGAAAUUGUUACACCAAGAUAUGCUUUAGUAAUAGAAGCUUUGGUUUAGGAGCAGCUCGUGUUGCCGAGCCCAUUUUGGUUUCCCUCAAGAAUCAUUUGAAAGAAGCUGAUUUGUCAGACUUUAUUGCCGGAAGACCAGAGGCAGAGGCCCUUGAAGUUAUGAAAAUAUUCUCAGCUGCCUUGGAGGGUAGUGUUUUGAAGUCUCUUAACCUCUCAGACAAUGCCUUAGGUGAGAAGGGUGUUAGGGCUUUUGGUGCUCUUCUGAAAUCACAGAGAUGCUUAGAGGAGCUUUACUUAAUGAACGAUGGUAUUUCGGAGGAAGCUGCCAGAGCCAUCAGUGAAUUGAUUCCCUCUACUGAGAAGUUGAAGGUCCUUCACUUUCAUAAUAAUAUGACAGGAGAUGAGGGUGCACUUGCAAUUUCUGAUGUUGUGAAGCACUCUCUUGUUUUGGAGGAUUUUCGAUGCUCCUCUACAAGGGUUGGUUCUGAAGGAGGAGUUGCCUUAUCAGAAUCCCUCAAGUCUUGCACCCAUUUAAAGAAGCUUGACCUGCGGGACAACAUGUUUGGUGUAGAAGCUGGAGUUGCUCUGAGUAAAGCUCUCUCAAAACAUUUGGAUCUGGUUGAGAUUUACUUGAGUUGUCUCAACUUGGAAAAUGAGGGUGCUAUUGCUAUAGCCAAUGCUCUAAAGGAAUCGGCCCCUUCUCUUGAAGUUCUGGAAAUGGCUGGAAAUGACUUAACGGCUGAUGCUGCUCCUAGUAUAGCUGUUUGUAUAGCAGCAAAGCAGCAUCUAACAAAGUUGAACUUGGCUGAGAACGAACUCAAGGAUGAAGGUACUAUCCAAAUAAGUAAGGCUUUGGAAGAAGGGCACACCCUUUUAAAGGAAGUUGAUAUGAGCACCAAUUUUAUUAGAAGGGCUGGGGCUCGACAUUUGGCUCAAGUAGUUGUUCAGAAACCUGGGUUUACUUUGUUAAACAUCAAUGGAAAUAUCAUGUCUGAUGAUGGUAUUGAUGAGUUGAAGGAAAUAUUCAAGAAGUCUCCUGACAUGCUUGGUUCCUUGGAUGAGAAUGAUCCUGAAGGAGGAGAUGAUGAUGAAGACUCUGGAGACGGUGAAGCUAAUGAGGAUGAAUUGGAAACUAAAAUGAAAAAUCUUCAAGUUAGCCAAGAGGAAUAGAUUUCUCUCUUUUACUCUUUAAUUUAUAAAAUACCUCAGCUUUUGAUGCUUUAGAAACCUUCGGAACAUUAAUAAUUUGUAGAAUUCAUAGCUCAGUUGAAUUUUACCGAGCAGGGCAGUGGCUAUUACUAGCAAAUAGCCAACGGAUGUCUUAUAGCAGGUUAGCUUCUGUAGGAUUGUUGUUAUCGAUUUUGUUUCGUUAGGGUAUGUUUUGAACUUCUAAACUUGGAAGUCUUUUAAUUGUGAUAGCCGUUAUGCCAUUAUGUAAUGUUUCUUGGUGGUGUAUUGUCCUCCUAACGCUGCUAAUGAUGCUUGACAUCUAUUCUGUUCUUAAAUGCUGAUGUUUUAUUUUUCAUUAGUUGGAGCUCCAAACAUAAUAUUGAGUACGAAAGAGUACAUAGUUUA